AUGUCUGAAUCGGCGGUUACGCUCGGUGUCGAGCCGGAUGCUCGCACCGUGAUCGGUAUCUCUUUGGGCAACUCGAACAGCUCGAUUGCCGUCACUAUUGAUGACAAGGCUGAGGUUAUCGCAAACGAGGAUGGAGAUCGUCAAAUACCUACGGUUCUUUCCUAUGUCGAUGGCGACGAAUACUAUGGCGGUCAGGCGAAAAACUUCCUUGUGAGGAAUGCGCCCAACACGAUCGCUUACUUCAAGGACUUUUUGGGCCAGGACUUCAAGUCGAUCGACCCCACCCACUGCCAUGCUUCCGCCCACCCUAAGGACGAGGACGGUGUCUCCUUCACCGUCAAGGACAAGGAUUCCGAGGAGCCAUCUACCAUUUCCGUAUCCGAGGUUACUACGCGAUACCUCAAGAGACUUGUUACCGCUGCCUCCGAGUACCUUGGCAAGACCGUCACCUCCGCCGUAAUCACCGUCCCCACCAACUUCAAUGAAAAGGCCCGCGAGGUCCUCAUCAAGGCUGCUGGCGACGCUGGUCUUGAGGUCCUCCAGCUCAUCUCCGAGCCCGUUGCCUCGAUUCUUGCCUACGACGCGCGUCCCGAGGCGACUGUUCAAGAUAAGAUCAUCGUGGUGGCCGACCUCGGCGGCACUCGAUCCGAUGUUACCGUCGUCGCCUCCAGGAGUGGCAUGUACACCGUUCUUGCGGCCGUCCACGACUACGAAUUCGCCGGUGUCCACCUUGAUCAGGCUCUCAUGGACCACUUUGCCAAGGAGUUCAUUAAGAAGCACGACACCGAUCCCAGGGAAAAUGCCCGCAGCUUGGCUAAGUUGAGGCUGGAGUCCGAGGCUACUAAGAAGGCUCUCAGCAAGAGCAACAAUGCCUCUUUCAGUGUAGAGAGUCUUGCGGACGGCUAUGAUUUCGCGGCGACGAUCAACAGGUUACGGUACGAGAUGAUAGCGCGCAAGGUCUUCGAGGGUUUCAACCGCCUUAUCGAGGGUGCUGUCAAGAAGGCUGGCCUGGAUGUUCUCGAUAUUGAUGAGGUUAUCUUGGCUGGCGGCACUGGCCAUACUCCCCGCAUUGCUAACAACCUCGCCUCUAUCUUCCCCGAGUCCACCACAAUCCUUGCUCCCGCGACGAGCGUGAGCGCUCUCAACCCCUCCGAGCUUGCCGUCCGAGGUGCCGCCCUUCAGGCUUCUCUGAUCCAGGAAUUCGAGUUCGAUGAUAUUGAGCAGUCGACUCACCCCGCGGUCAGCACUGUUAAGCACAUUACUAACUCCAUCGGUGUCAUUACCAUCGGUGCUGAUGGCGAGGAGGUAUUUACUCCUGUCAUUGCUACCGAGACCGCCGUCCCCGCCCGCCGUACCAUCACCAUCCCUGUACCUGCGGCAGGCGGCGAUGUCCUCAUUAAGGUUGUCGAGGGCAACACCCACAUCAAGGUUACCCAACCCGAGCCCAAGGCCAAGCCCGCCAAGGAAGCCGAUGACGAAGAUGAUGACUCCGAUGAGGAUUCCGACGAGGAGGAAGAGGAGCAGAGGGAAAAGAUCUGGAAGAUCGGCUCUACCCUUGCCGAGGCCGCGCUCAGGGGCACUAAGAAGGGCGGCAAGGUUGAGGUGACGAUAAACGUCCUCGCUGAUCUGAGCGCCACGGUGACGAUUAGGGAGGUAGGUGAGAAGGGUGGAGUUAGGGGUAAUAUCAAGGCCUCUGCUUAA